CUUGAGUUAUCACAUGACCACUCUGUACAUAACACUGGAUCUUGUUGACAUGACUAGAAGGACGUGAAUAUGACCGCCGUGGUGCUGUUAAUGAUUUCUUUGGCCCUUAUGGCCGUAUCGACGAAUCAGGUGAAAAUCCCUCCGCAUGAAGAAGUAGCGCGAAUGGCUCGGUUCGUCGUUAACCAGUGCGACUGGGCCUCGAUGGCCACCAUCUCCACUCACGAGCCCGUGAAGGGACAGCCGUUCUCCAACACCUUCUCCAUUAGUGACGGACCGCUGGGCAACGGCACCGGGAUCCCCUACAUGUACCUCACACACAUGGAGAUCUCCGUGCAGGAUCUGCAGGUGAAUCCACAGGCCUCCCUCUCGGUAUCUCUCGCUCAGACACAUUUCUGUAAGAACAAAGGUUACGACCCUCAGAGCCCCCUGUGUGCCCAUAUUAUCUUCUCUGGCUCUGUACAGGAGGUGAAUGAUACAGAAGCUGAAUUUGCGAAGAAGGCGCUGUUCAGCAGGCAUCCGGAGAUGAUCGACUGGCCCGUCGACCACAACUGGUUCUUUGCUAAAAUGGCAAUAAGCCAGGUUUGGGUGUUGGAUUACUUCGGAGGGGUGAAGACGGUGUCUCCUGAGGACUACUACAAAGCCACACCUUACUGAAGAGCACCUCUGUGUGUGUGUGUGUGUGUGUGUGAGUGUGUGUAAGUGAUGUGUGUCCUGCUCUGCUUUCAGACCAUUUAAAAAACCUAAAUCGCUUCGGACUUGGAAUCAGCUCAGCUCACAGAACCGUGAUUUUUAUACUUCAACAAUUUGAGUCUGAGAGAAUUUUUUAAACCACUGUGUCACUAAUGAUAUUGCAAACACUGUUUUUGUCAGUGUUACCCCUUGUGACGAUGAACUAUUGUGGCUAUUGUUUAAACAUUGAACUUUACAAUACAUAAACAGGGUUCUAGGCAAAGUUCUUCACAGCAUUUAAACCAAAAACCCCAAAUCUAUAGACCCCUCAGCCUGGGAGAAAGAAAUCCUAAAUCAUUGCCAUGAAUAAGAAAUACACAUGCAGUGCUCCUUUAAAUAAAAAAAAAACUAGAAACAAAGCUGGUUCUGCUUUAUAUUUAUUCAUAGUCACUGCCUAUCUUGGGGCUUCAUGCAGAAAUAGAUCAUAUUUUGAGAGAGAUUCACUCUUUGAUUAUAUCAGUUACAAGAUUAUUAAAGGUUUCUUCACACACUAUGUGGAUAUAACAGUCUUGUACACCAUGACCAAAAGAUGGAAUUAAUCUGAAUUUAUUAGUAUUAAUAAAUAAAUUAUAAAGUACUAAAUAAAUUAGUAGUAGUAAUAAUAAUAAUAAUAAUAAUAAUAAAUAGCAAUUGUAGUGUGUGUGUGUGUGUCAUAAACAAAAACUCCAGUUAAGAAAGAAACUUUAACAAACAAACAUUUUAAAACGUUUUUCUGUCCUAAGUUAUCAGGAGGUCUGAACCGUGCCCGAUUCUGAAGAUUCCACAAACAAAUGUAUUUUUCUGAAAUGUUUCUGGGGGAAAAAUUGUUGUUGUUUUAUCUUCAGCAAUAAGCAGUAGUUGAUUCUGUGUCGCUUUGUAAAGACACUAUUUUUGAUAUGUUUUUUUAAUCAGUGCUUUUUUAAUAACAUUACUCUUUUAACUCAUGCUGCUUCGAAGUUGAUUGUGAAAGGCUUUUUUUUAAUACGAUGGAGUCUAUAUUUCUGACAGUUGAAUCGGCAUACACAGGCCAGGUGAACGCUGGUUUCACCUUUAAUUUUCUGCAGUUUGCACAAUUAGUCUGUUCAUUACGUGGUGUAAAGAAUGAGCCUUGAUUUCUUCUCAUUGACAGGGUCUCAUUCAGCAGCAUGUCUCCUUGCUGAUGCUGAUGUUGUGUUGUAGUGUGAAAGCGUGUUCUGUGGCAAUGAAAUGAAAUAAAGUGUAAACUGCUUUCAUCAA